UAAAAACCCUCCCAUCACAAGCACUGGGCCCACCCUCUCUUCCUCUCCCAUUCAUCAUCCAACUUUCUCAUUUUCUUCUCUUUUCAUUUAAAUCCCUUUCUCUUCUUCUCUUUCUCUCAUUCUUCUUCUUCAUCUUCCAACCCACCAUGCCUCUUCACUCUCUCCCCGACGACAACCACCACGAUUUCGUCGCCGAGUUAACUCACCGCAUGGCUCGCUUCUUGCUUUCCGACGACGACACUCUCCAUUCGUCACCAGACUCCAUAAGUGGAAGUGCAGAAGGUUGCUCUCAGGAACCAUCACCCUCUGCAGCACCUGAAGAGCGUUCGCGGAAGAACAACUACGGGAAGCUUCAAAGCUUCAAUAUUGGACUCUAUUCUCACCAAUCUCUCGUUCAGGAACAGAUUCGAGCCAUUGAACUGUCAGGGGUGAAGCAAGACCAGGUGGCCGUGUCCGCGUCCGCGAAACAGAAACCCGCUCCGCGUCGGAAAAACCUAGGACAGACAUACGAGCCCAAGAAAGGAAACGUACGGAGGGCCACCCGGCCGCCGCGGCCCGGCCCACAACACCAAGGCGGUGCUGGCAUGCGGGCCUUGUUUCUUGACGGGCCCGGUUCUAGGGGUGGGACCGGCGUUUUCUUGCCGCGUGCGGGAGCCCCUACCCCGUCGGAAUCUACUAACAAACAAGGUAAAGGUUGCUCCACGGUUCUUAUACCUGCCAGAGUUCUUCAGGCUCUGCAACUCCACUUCGACCAAAUGGCUGCCACGUCUGGGCCCAAAGCUGGUGCCUUUCAUCCUCUUCAUGAUGUUGUAGUAAGUGACAGGGAUGGCAUGUAUUCACUUCAGAAUCAUGAGCAGUCUCAGAAAGCAGCAACAAGUAUCCAAAAUGAAACGAUUCUGCCACAAGAAUGGGCGUAUUGAGGAAUGCAGAAGCAGAUGGAAUUAAUUUCCUGCUACUCCUGUUUCUACACAUACAUACAGAAUAAUUUUAGUAAUAAAUAAUAAUAAUAAUAAUAAUAAUAAUAAUAAUUCCCAUCAGAUCGGAUGAAUAUACAGAGGGAAGAAUCUUGCAGGUAGCAGAGUACGAGGAACAUGGAUGAAUAUAGUGAUUUAAUAAUGUCUUGUUUUGUAUUUUGCUUCCCCUGGGUAUAAGUUUGCAUAGUGGUGACAGAAUAUGAAUAACUAUAAAUAAAUAAAAUCUAGCUCGGUCUCUUUGUAUGCAAAAACUAUAAAGAAGAACAGAGGAUGUCUUUUAAAAUCCUUUGUAACACUU